AUGGCCGGGUCAGCUGACACCAUUGAGAUGCCGGCUCUGGGCCGCCCGUUCCAGCUGGGGAUGCUGUACGACUGCCGCAGCGACUCCCUCAUCCCAGGGAUCACGCUGUGGCGCCUGGAACAGCUUCGCAUGGAUGUAAACACAAAACCACAACCCAGGACUGAAUUUGAGAUCAUCGCAUCCGACACCAUUGAAGACAAGGCCAAUGCCCUCAAUGUCACAGCCUCGCUGAAGGCCAGUUUCCUGGGGGGGCUGGUUGAAGUAAGUGGAUCUGCCAAAUUCUUAAAUGACACCAGAAAAUCCAAACAACAGGCCAGAGUUACUCUCCAGUACUCUGCCACAACAAAGUUUGAGCACCUAACUAUGAGCCAUUUAGGACCAGAGAAUGUCUCUUAUCGUGCUGUAUUUGAUCAAGGCACGGCCACCCACGUGGUCACAGCUGUGCUGUACGGGGCUCAGGCUUUCUUUGUGUUUGAUCGGGAAGUUUCUUCUUCUGAGAAUGUACGUGACAUAGAGGGAACGCUCCAGAUUGUGAUGAAAAAGAUACCCCUGUUUUCCAUAGAAGGGGAAGGAGCUGUCAAAAUGGAUGAAAAGGAAAAAUUAAAUGCUGAAAAAUUUAACUGCAAGUUCCAUGGUGAUUUUGCUCUUGAGAGAAAUCCAACUAAUUUCCAAGAUGCCAUGAAAAUUUAUUCCACUCUCCCAAAGCUGCUGGGUGACAGCGGGGAGAAGGCCGUACCAAUGAGAGUCUGGCUGUACCCGCUGACCAAGCUGGAUUCCAGAGCUGCUCAGCUGGUGCGUGAGAUCAGCUUAUCACUGAUUUCUGAUGCUCAGACUGCUAUGGAGGAACUGGCAGAACUAAACAUGCGAUGCAAUGACAUGGCGAAGAAUCCGAUCGCCACAAGCUUUCCUGAAAUCAAGCUGAAAAUCCAGCAAUUCAGAGAUCUGUGUAAGCAACACAGACAGACUUUCCAGAAACAGCUAGCAAGCCUCUUGCCGUCUAUCCGUGGAGGUGGAAAAGAGGAAGGGGCUCUGGUGGAUAUUUUGUCAUGUAAAAACCAGUCACCAUUCAAUAUCCAGAGCCUCAGUGAAUUUCUGGAUACAAAGGAGAAAGAGAUGAAUUAUGUAAAUUCCUACCUUAGGAUCCUAAGCAAUGUAGAGGUGGUGUCCUCUCAGAGUGAACUAGAUGAAAUAGUACUCAGCCCUGAGCUUAACUUCAUCGUCUCCUUUACAUUCACCUCACUGCAUGAAGAGGAGCCGUAUUUAUCAGAUUUAAAACAAUGGCUUCAGACCCAAUUUAUAAGGGAAACUCAUGAUCCUGCAUCAGCCAGUUCUGUUGCUGAAAAACCAAAAUCCAAAGUGUGGUUUAAGGAAAAAGAAAUUAAUACAAAAUCUCGAAAAUCUGCAAAGUCCCUUUCACAUUUUGUCAGUGUCAACAAAUCUAACGGGACGACUCGGUUCAUUGUGGCCUCUCUUCCAGACAAGGACAAUCCAGGCACUUCCAUUUACCUGUAUGAGGAUGGAGAGCUGGUCAGCACCAACUUUGGACCGCCAUCAAAGCCUCUCCCUGCCCUGAUUGGUGGAAUCAGACAUGACCGUGUGCAGCUCACAUUUAACCCAGAAGCCUAUGGCAGGGCUGCGAUAUCUGGCUAUCGGGCAGAGUACAGAAUUGUAGGGCAGGAGAACUGGACGGCUGUGAAUGUAAAUAACACACAAGUGACAUUCACAGUGACAGGGCUCCGUGCAAACAUCGAGUACCAGUUCCGAUACGCUGCAGUGAGCAAACCAGGGCUCAGUGAGAGCAGUGACGUGAGUGAUCCUGUGAAGACUCUCCCUUCCAGCCCUCCUGGGAAGCCCAUAGCAACUACUGUAGAUUCAUCUGCCAUCACCCUCUCCUGGGAGAGUCCAAGUGUUAUUGGAGAUGGAGUCACUAUAAGGGAGUAUCAGGUGGAAUAUAAAGAGGAAGCUGAAGGUGAAAGACAUGAGGGGAAAGAGAAAUGGCUGGAACGAAGGACAGGCAAGAGAACAGAGGUCUGUACCAUUGAUGGACUGAGUCCUCGGACGCCCUACAGAUUCCGGGUGUCGGCUGUGUGUGCGGACGGGACUGUGAGUCACCCAGGUGAGGAGGCAUCAAUUUCAACAUCAGGAGAAGAAUUAAGGACACUAGCACAAGAUUUCUUCAAGAAGAGCACUCUGAUAGAAAAAGGGCAGCCCUCAGUUUAUGCCCUUCCAAUAGAGAAGGUGACGUUCAGUUCUAACGCAACACAUCCAAAGUACAGACUGGGAAAAGAGAACCUGCAGAUCCCUAACAAAGUCAUUAUGGUGCUGGGAGCAACUGGCUCUGGGAAAACUACACUCAUCAAUGGGAUGAUCAACUAUGUCCUGGGUGUGCAAUGGAAAGAUGAAUUCAGAUUCAAACUAAUCCAUGAGACCACAAACAGAGGCCAAGCUGAGAGCCAGACAUCUGAAGUGACAGCCUAUGAAGUUCAUUACAAAAAGGGUUUCCAAGUCCCCUACUCCCUGACUAUAAUAGACACCCCAGGAUUUGGCGACACCAGAGGGAUAGAUCAUGACAAAGAGAUAACAAGGCAGAUUCGAGAGUUUUUCUCCACCCGAGGGGCCAUUGAUCACAUAGACGCCGUCUGCGUCGUAGUUCAGGCCUCACUCGCUCGUUUGACACAUCCCCAGAAGUACGUGUUUGACUCUGUUCUCUCUAUCUUUGGGAAGGAUAUAAAAGACAAUAUACAAAUCCUGAUCACCUUCGCAGACGGACAGACGCCCCCUGUUCUAGAGGCCAUUAAUGCAGCUGAUGUCCCUUGUGCUAAAGAUGCUAAGGGCAACCCUGUUCAUUUCAAAUUCAAUAACUCUGCACUCUUUGCCAGCAAUGCUGGAACUGACAAGGGCAGUUUUAAUUUUGAUGACAUGUUCUGGAAAAUGGGAGCCAUGAGCAUGAAGACAUUUUUUGAAUCCUUAGGUAAAUUAGAAACCAGAAGUUUAACAUUAACGCAGGAAGUUCUCAGAGAGCGGAAGGAGCUGGAGACAGCGGUGGAAGGGCUGCAGCCACAAAUCAAAGCUGGUCUGGUGAAGCUAGAGGAGCUAAGACAGACUCAGCGAGCUCUGGAACAGCAUAAGGAUGAUAUGAAGGCCAAUAAAGACUUUGAGUAUGAGGUAGAGAAAACAGUGCCAGUGCAGGAGCCCAUCUCUGGUACAGGUAACUACAUAACAAACUGCCAGCAGUGUCACUAUACGUGUCACUAUCCCUGUAUAAUCCCUAAUGACAAUGAUAAGCGCGGGUGUGCGGCUAUCAAUAGGAUUACAGGAUAUUGCAGAGUUUGCCCUGGUAAAUGUUUCUGGAAUGUUCAUUUCAAUCAAAAGUACAGGUGGGAAUAUAAAGUAGAAAAAGAGAAACAGACCUAUGCACAACUGAAAGAAAAGUAUGAGAAGGCAUCUGGUGAGGUGUUAUCGACACAGAAUGUGGUUGAGACGCUGUCUCAGGAAUACGCUGCAGUGGAGGAGAUAUUAAUGGAGCUUAUUGAUAAAUCAUCUCGCAGCCUCCAGCGUCUGCAAGCAAUUGCUUUGAAACCCAACCCGCUGUCCACUCCGAAAUACAUUGACCUGCUGAUCAAGUCAGAACAACAGGAACUAAAGCCUGGGUACCAAGAAAGGAUAACAUCUCUGAGGCAAGUGAGGGAAGUAGCUGAGAUAGUAAGAAAGAUUGCCAAUAAGGAGGCUCUGCUGCCAGGAGAGAGGGAUAUGUACAAGAAGCUUGAAGAAAAAAAGUCUGCAUUGAAAAAACGUGUGAAAGGAGCGGAUAUGUUUAAAAGCCUUUUUAAUAAAAAUUAA